AUGUGGGCCGUCCUGCCGCUGCUCUGCGCGGGAGCCUGGCUCCUGGGCACCCCCGCUUGCGGCGCCGCCGAGCUGGCCGUGAGCUCUUUAGAGAAGUUUCACUUUCAGUUAUGGAUGGUGCAGCAUCAAAAGAAAUACAGCUCAGAGGAAUACCACCACAGGCUGCAGGUGUUUGCCAGCAACUUGAGGGAAAUCAACGCCCACAACGCCAGGAACCACACAUUUAAAAUGGGACUGAAUCAAUUUUCAGACAUGAGCUUUGCUGAAUUAAAACGCAAGUAUCUUUGGUCAGAGCCUCAGAAUUGCUCAGCCACCAAAAGUAACUACCUUCGAGGUACUGGUCCCUACCCAACCUCCAUGGACUGGCGAAAAAAGGGAAAUUUUGUCACACCAGUGAAAAAUCAGGGCGGCUGCGGCAGUUGCUGGACCUUCUCCACCACUGGGGCCCUGGAGUCUGCUGUCGCCAUAGCAACAGGGAAGUUGCCCUUCCUGGCUGAGCAGCAGCUGGUGGACUGCGCCCAGAACUUCAACAACCACGGCUGCAAGGGGGGUCUCCCCAGCCAGGCCUUCGAGUACAUCCGGUACAACAAGGGCAUCAUGGGUGAAGACACCUACCCCUACAGGGGCCAGGACGGUGACUGCAAGUACCAGCCCAGUAAGGCCAUUGCAUUUGUCAAGGAUGUAGCCAACAUCACACUGAACGACGAGGAGGCGAUGGUAGAGGCGGUGGCCCUAUACAACCCCGUGAGCUUCGCCUUCGAGGUGACUGCUGACUUUAUGAUGUACAGAAAGGGCAUCUUCUCCAGUACUUCCUGUCAUAAGACUCCAGAUAAAGUAAACCACGCAGUGUUGGCUGUUGGGUACGGAGAAGAGAAAGGGAUACCCUACUGGAUCGUGAAGAACUCUUGGGGCCCCCAAUGGGGAAUGAAGGGGUACUUCCUCAUUGAGCGCGGGAAGAACAUGUGCGGCCUUGCGGCCUGUGCCUCCUUCCCCAUCCCCCUGGUGUGA